AUGAUCUUUUGGUUUUCCUCUCGCAGAUCCAGCAUAUGGCAUGAUUAUAGUACUACCUCGCCACCUUCGCCUCUGCUUCAAUUGCUGGAUGAAACCCCUUCACAGCUUGCAGAUGCCAAGACAGAGCAUGCCUUACACAUCCUCCUCUUUAGUGCCUUGUCUAUCCGCAAUCAUUCUGUCGUCCUAAACUCUUUUAUCUCAAAAAUGUGGCAGGUUUUUCGUGCUGUAUCUGUUUCCGGGCUCUGGAUCGAAAAUUCCAGAAAAGUGCUCUUCAGCUCCUUGCCUUCAACUUCUGUUUUACUCUUCUACCUCUCCUUCUGGUCUGGUGAUAUUUUGGCCGAUACGUUUUCUUCUUCAUUGUCUACCUGGCCCUUACUUAAUCUCUUUGCCGCAUGUGAGCUCCAGCCUCAUAAUUUUGACUACACAUUGGCCUUCAUGACUCGUCCUUGUCUACCUCAGAGAAGCUUGACUGUUCAACUUGGUGACCCGAUUAUGCACAGUGGCUCUGAAGUUGAUCCUUCUACACUUUUGUCAUUCUAUGUGCAUAUUGCAAUAUCUACUUACGGUUACUUAAUCGCAAGAUUUAUUGUUGAUAAGAUUUCUAUGUCCGGCACGGCUGCAACGCUAAUACCAAGGACUACACCGCACGGUUGCGCAUGUAACACAUCUUGGCCCUUGCAAUUACAGCAAUGGCGUCCCAUCUUUGGCCCAACCCUGUUGGCACCAGUUCAGGGCAAAGUACCGGCUGUCGUCACUGUUCUGUGGUCAUCGGUUUUAGAGCUACAUUCCGAGCUAAAAAUUCCUAAUCGACAGCCGCAUUAA